ACUGCAAGACGCCGAUAUUGCGUUACAUUCUACCAAAAUGGCGGCUGUCAUUCAGAAUCCACUAAAAGCGUUGGGUGAUCAGUUCUACAAGGAUGCCAUUGAGCAGUGCCGCAGCUAUAAUGCCCGCCUGUGUGCCGAGCGCAGCGUCCGCCUGCCGUUCCUGGACUCCCAAACCGGGGUGGCUCAAAACAACUGCUACAUAUGGAUGGAGCGUCACCACCGCAAUCCCGGAAUGACAGCGGGACAGAUGUACACGUACCCCGCCCGCUGCUGGAGGAAGAAGAGGAGACUCCACACCUCCACAGACCCCCACUUGGGAAUCUACGGUCUUCAACUAGACAACGGGCUGAUGUCCAGGGACGGGUUGCCCGCGCAGAGCACAACGCUGGAAGCUUUGCUCCGAGGAGAAGGUCUGGACAAGAGGAACAACUCCAAGAACGAUGAGGACAGUCUCCUGGAGAUCCAGAGGGUCCUGGAGGCUGACGCAGCAGAAGAUGCCUUUAACGACGACGACGACUUCGAAGUGGACACGCCCAGGAGGAGACAUCGGGGCAAAGGAAGAGGUCGAGGGUCCGGCCGCAGGAGGGCAGACCUGGACGACGACAAGCCGUACGUCUGUGACAACAGAUACAAACAGAAACACAACUCGAAAGCUUCACCAUCAGUAUACGCGAAACGCUACAGAAACCGUGCAGGUCUAAGUUACCACUACACAAAUUCCCACAUGGCAGAAGAGGAGCGAGCGGGGGAGAGAAGCACCGUCCCCCCGUCCAGAUCUCCCUCCGUCCCACAGACUGACCGCCACAAACGUCCAAAGGCUCUGGUUGGGACCAGCAUUCCCAACAACUGCAUCAAGAAAUGCCAGUGUGUGAACAAGAAAGCUGUUAAACCAGGUUCCCCCUGCCCCACCUGCCAAUGCACAACUGACCGCGGAGACGAGAAGGACGACGGGACGUUCACCGGAGCAGAGGAGCUUUUCGGAACCACCUCCGAGAGCGACACCUCCACCUUCCACGGCUUCGAGGACGACGACCUGGAGGAGCCUGCCACCAACGGCACCGCCUUCCCGGGCCGGCACAGAUAGAGAGUCCGACCUGAGUCCCGGAGCUGAUUUUCAGAACGAACCUACGCUGCUUCUUUCUGUUGCCGAAAGCACAACGUGAUUUCAGGACCGAGUGAAGUUUUAUCUACUGUUGAAUAAUUUAUAAACUCUUUUUUUAUAUAUAUAUAUAAACAUAAAUAUAUAUUAACUUUUAAGGACGCAAACUGACUUUUUAGAUUUUGAAGUGUUUUUUUUUCUUUUCACUGGAGCAAAAGGAACUGAAAUAUUUUGAACAAAAACACUGGAGGAGUUGGAACAUUUUUAAAGCGCGACUGAUUUUUGUCUGGACGUUGAUCGGAUGUGAGAAUCAAACUGCGACAGUGAGGCCUCUUCCUGUGUGAAGGUGGAGCCAAGAACAAUAUUUAAUAUUUUUAUGAGAUCUGAAGUGGAAAAAUGAUUGACAGGAGCUAAAGCGGCAGAUCAAACCGGGCAAAUGAAGAUACAUUUCAACGGUCUCAACGAGCCACUGUUUUAUAUGCCUGUGUUAUCAAGGCGAUGGGAAGGAUCUGCGGACCUGGAGCUGCUUUUAUUUCCACCCUCUGGACCACAGGGAAGGCCGAGGACUCAACGGUCCCGUUCUUGUUUGGUGAUCUGAUGUGACAAUUUAGACGUCAUUACUCAUCACUGUGCCAGCCUGCCGAGCUGACCCGGUUACCAGCUCUGAUGACAGCCAUAAACCCCGCCCCCCCUCAUGAGGCCAUGGAGACAGUCCCGGUCUCCCUCGCGACACACUGAUCUCCUGGACCACUGGAUUACUCUCCCACAGUGAGACUGUCUUUUCUCUCUUGUAUAAUAUUAUUUAAUCAUGGAUCUUCAGAACCGACUGUACAGAUACCUCGGGCCCGGUCGCCUCAGGCGGAUUGUUCCAGACUCUGUGGCAGAUCCAUGCGAUUGUAAUCAUCGAAGGACUCUAACGCUUGAAUACACUUCGCAAUAAGUGGCGGACUCUUCUGGAAACUUUGCUCCGAUCCAAAACUUGGCAAAGACCUCGAUCGCCUCAUGACUAAAUGAAGGUGCUCGAAUCUACAAGCCACUGGUUGCGCUCACUGUCCUGAACGACCUGUUUGUUUUCCGAUCCAUUGAUCCUGACCUUGAGCUUCUGUAUCCCACCUCUCCUCCCUCAGGGACCCUCUGCACACCCCUCCGUGUCUCCCUACGGUAUUACUCUUCCAAGUCUUUAAUCACGAACCUGCUGUAUCAGUAAGUCGGAAGUUACGGUUCUUUAACAAAGUCGCUUGAUAGCCUGUUUUACCUCGACGACGGCUAUGUCCAGAUGACUACGUUUGGAUAUAGAGAUGUCCAUACUACCAUUUGCUACUUUUACCAUUUGCUUUCACCAGGCUUGUGGACCAACUAGACAAAGUUCCAGAUUUAAAAAAAAAAACCUACCCGUGUGAUAACCUUCUUGUUGGUGUUUUUCCGUCGGGCAAACAAGUGUGCAUUUCUUCUCUAAUGUGGUGUAUCCGUUCUCUGCAAGUGAGCAACUGGUCUAGUUGCCCAUGCAAAUGUCAAACCCUGAUUUACUAGUCAUGUGGUAGUAUGGACGGCUAGAUUCUAAAAUGAAGUGAAAUUGUCUGUUCGAGAAAUGUAGUUGUGUUGACAUAGCCGACGACUCAGCAAUAGGCCCUAAUGCUCCCGGGCCAGCCCCGCUGGGGCAGCAGCGACGGGCCAUCAGGGCAGGAAUGGAGCCAAGAGGUGAUGAAAUGGAGAGCUUUUCACCCUCAACUGUACAUACAAGUCCGAAAUGGAGCAAAUGAAGUCUUUUGUUUGUUAAACUAUUUUUAUUGUUCCAGGAAAAAAAAUAAAUGAUUCAUGGAAACCGCCCUGUCCUGACCCCUGGUGGUGGGGAGUGGCAGCCCAUUUCAGGGGAAAAGAUGGGCUGUGCUGAACUGCUGUUGCCUGUUUUGCGGAUUCUCUUCUGCACUGUUGUCAUUCAUGCCUAUGUUUGCUCUGUCUGCCUUGAAAUUAUACAGACAUCUAGCAACAAUUUACAGAUGUGGUGUUAGGUAAGUAUCUUUGGUGGUCUUCUAAGACACAGCUGAGAUUGCCACCUGGUGGCGUGAAAUUAUUAUUGCAUGCAUUCACAAGGUCAGGCUGUGGACCUCCUCAGGCUCUGGCUACCAAUAAGAUGUUUGGUAACUACAUGACACUCAGCCACCUGUAGCUGUAAUAGGAUUGAACUCAUAAGUUCAGAUUCAGCGUGCACCCAUUGGAAUAUACAUGCCUUGCAUCUGUUUUUGCUUGUCCUGAGAAAGAGUAAAAUCAGCUAUAUAUAUAUAUAUAUAUAUAUAUAUAUAUAUAUAUAUAUAUAUAGCCUGGGUUGACAUCACACCCAAGCGACCAGACCUGUUUUGCCUUACAGAUCUCAAUGCUUCCACAGGUUCCUCUGGUUGUGUGUCAUGGCUGGGUCACCCAAGGCCGAACAGUCGAAAUACGAAAUAAGUCAUAGCAGCCAUCUCAGUAAAACUGCAACAAUUUUAACUUUGCCCUUCAAAGUUCAGGUGCUGUAGCGGUGGCGCUCCAUGAUGGUCCAGCUCACCUGGCCUCCACAUCCCAAAAUGAGGCGUCGUCGCUGACCCAAGGGUUGGAGGGUUCCGUCGGCGACACAAAUGGGUCGUACUCCAUGAAUUGCUCAGUGUAGCCCAUCAGACUGUCGGCCACUUUUGAGACCUUCAUGCAGUGUCGGUCCAGCUGGAUGUUCAGGAAGGUGAUCUGUGGGGGGGAACUGCCUCAGCGUGCUGCCUCUGCGAUUGAUGACCCGCCGCCCUCACACCCGGCGACUCACCUCCUUCUGGACAUCCUCUUUGGUGGGUUUCCUGCUCUGCUGAGAGCUGAUGUGGACCGGACUGGGCUGACUCUGGCCGUCGUCUGGGACACCGUACACGGACUGCGGAGGAGAACAGACGAGCUGGACCAUCAAGUCAAGACGUCACUUAAAAAAAGAGGAGCACCAGAGCGACCUAGUGAGAAAGGAGUCACCUGACUUGAGCUUCAGCCUGCAUGAAGAUGAACUCCCACUUCCGGGCGAAGGCACGCUGCAGCCGGGCGAGAUUCUCCUGGAGGGACCGACCACAAGCAUGGCAGGCAGGAUGGAGGAUGGAGGAGGAUCUUUCUGGAAUAUGCUUGACCAGCAGAAGAUCUGAGGCAGGGAGGGGUGUGGAGGUCCGUGCUCGAGUCACCACAUGUGGAGUCUGAGAUCUGAGCAGCGGACAACGCUAUGCAGCAGCGCAGGAAGAAGAGCGCGCCCCUUGCCUUUGCCUUGACACCUGAGAGCGCCGCCUUGUGGUCACCACAUGAACUGCAGGGUCUUCACCAUGGACUCCAGCUGACUCACCUUCCCCAGCAGAUAGGCAGGCGUCUCUCUGGAGGCAGAACCAGGGUGAGAAACAAGUCACGGUCCAUAACUAAAGCGACCUCCCGCGUCCUCACCCGGGGACCAGUGGUCUGAGGGGCGCGGCCUGGGGUUCGGCCUGCUGAGGACCGCUGCUGGACUGAGUCUCUGCCGGAGAGUUCUCCUCCUGCGCCGCCAGGAAAACCAGCCGCUGCUCUGAGGGGACGACACGCGCUGACGUUAGAGCCAAACAGCACCAUCCAGUGGCGGGUCACGCGUGGCUCCCUGCCUGCCCAGAUGACAGCUGGUAUCUGGGGAUCGAGCUCUUACCCUCGAAAGCCUUGGCAGCGUCCACCAGGUGAGCCCAGUCCAGCGGAGCGUCCACUCUGGAGUCAGGCAGCGGCAUCAGAACCGGAUCCUGCGGCUCCAGCGUAGACUCGGUGGCGGUCAGAUCUCCUGGACAAAGGGACGAAAGGUUAACCUGAGUGUGGUGAUCCAGGACCGCGGCGUCUUCGGAGAGUUACCGAGGGACUUGUGUGAGGUCCGUCUGCCGGCGGUCUGGCGUGCGGUGGGCGAGCGCGGCACGGUGGAGAAGCUGAAGAGGUCGGUGGGCGUGCUGCGCUGCUCGCCGCACGAAGGCUCCCGCUGACCGCUGUAGAUGCUCUCGUCAGACAGCGUCCUCUGCAGGGAGCGCCGGGCAGGCGCGGCCCCCGGGAACAGAGGCUGGGGAGGAGCGUGCGGCGUCAGAGAAAACGCUCAGAUCAGAACUCACCCUCACUGCCUCACCUUCUCCUCACUGCUGCUGGGUGGCGGGCUGUCCAGAGUGAUGAGCUUCUUCAGGUCCUCCUCCAGACUGGACUUGGCCGUGUGGCGCUGAGGCGACUGGGAGCCCCGCAGGUGGGCGCGCAGCUGCGGCUGCCCACCCAGCAGCCCGUCGCUCUGGUGCCGCCUGCACACAAGCCGCGCCUCAGUCUGCUGCUGCGCCUCUCUCAGCUUAGUGAAUUUUGUUUCACUGAAUUUUUUUUUUUUUAAAUGGAGGAAAAUAUGUACAGUAUAUUUUACAAAAAACUUUUUUUUUUGUCUAAUACCUCAAACAACCAUCGAGUCAUUGUGUCCCCUGACGGUUGAGUCUUUUUUAUGUUCUAAAUGUGACUGACUAAUACAAUUGACCCCCUGAAAAAUAAACAUGACUUGAGAAAA